GAUCCAUGAGCCUUCUGGCUCGGACGGAUCUUACGAGCUCGGUACGAAGCUUGUAACACAUACAUACAUACAUACAUACUGCCGGAGCAUGCAAGCCUGCAGUCUCCGCUUAACAAGCAUGAUGUUUGGAUAUCUACCGUUCAUUAAGACGCGAGUUGUUAGUUACUGAGGACGAACACACUUUCCACUUUCUUUUAUAAGCAACGCUAAGCCACCCACGGGUAUUGUCGAAGUAAAACAGUAAGCUGCUUUUGUGAUAGAAGUUUUCUUUUGACCUACUUUUAUAGACUUGCCACCAGGGCCAGACGACCAUGGGAGGUGAACGGUCAGGAGUCAUGGACAUAGACGAGGAAAGACUUGGACGCCGUGGCAGCAUAGUAGCCGAACAGUAUAGACAUGGUUAUCGGCAACCACGCGGAGGCGGGCCCCCACCUCAGAAGCCACCCACAAAUGAGGAAGUGGCAAAAGCUGUGCAGCAGAAAGUGGCGGCGGCAGUGGAGAUGUCUCGGAAAUACAGGCACGUGGCGUGGUAUUCCCUCUUCGUAGCGGCUUACAUGGUCGUGUUGUACCUCCAGGCCAGUGCCUACAAAUCGGGUGAGGUGGUGGAGACGCUGAAGAAGGCCUUCAUGCCGGAUGACGGCUCGACCACCAUGACCUUCCGCAAUGAGGAUGAAGUGCUGGAGUAUCUGGGCCAGAAGGUGCUGCUGCCCAUUUGGAAGGACCCGGUGUGUGGCGACAGCAACUGCGAGUGGCCCUGGGAGUUUCCUUCGUGGGGCAGGUUCGGCUGCAAAGCAGAUUGCGGGGAAAACCCCAACACCACCGCCAUCGUGGUCAACGUUCGAGCCGACUUUACCGGGCACCCGUCCAUCAGCGCUCGCGUGCUGAUGAACAACGCCAAGUGGAACCUCUGUCUGGAGGACGAAGCUCGUCGCAAGCGCGGGGAGGCCGACCUUUGCUGGUACGAGGACGACCAAACAUUUGGAGAGGUGCAGGUCAACUCCAUCAACGCCAUGCAGGUCAUUGACGGCAAGUGGUACGUGCUGGUCAAGGGCGACUACGCCGGCCGGGUGAGCGGCGGCAUCUACGACAUCACCAACACCUCCAACCCAGUAGCCAUUCCCACCACCCCCACCUGGGAGGCCUGCAAGCUCGUCCGCAGACGCCGUACCUCUGCUACACAGACGGCCCUGCGGCGGCUCCUGGCGGCAUACACGCAGGCACACAAGGCUGGAGGUGAGGAGGGCCGUCGCAUCAUCUCGGAGGUGGUGGACGAGAUCUCCAACAUGGAGGAGCUGAAGCACAUUGACUUCAACAAGUACCGAGACGCUCUAAGCAGGGGAGGAGGAUCCGGAGCAGGAGCAGGAGGCCAGCAGCAGCAGGAUGGCGAGGGAGGAUUAGCAGGGGCAGCAACGCCACUGGCAGCGGAAGCGUGAGAGCAGGAAGGAGGAGGAGGAGAGAGGGAUGACGCGGGUUGGGAAGAGGAGAGGGGAAAGACGGGGAACGAUGAGAGUGCGCUGGGGAAGUGACGCGCGUCUGGGUGUAUUGUUGCGAACCUAGACGAAGACCCGGUUAUCGUAUUAUUGUUACUAAUCCUUGUUAUGUGACGUAGAUAUGUGCCCUGGUUGGUUGCACGUAUUUGCAAGGCAUGGUCCCGGGUUUUCUGUCCCGGCGGAGACGUUGUGAUACCGUAUAAGACAUGCUGUUGCGCCUGUUCACUAAGCCCUCUUGCACGUCUUUUUCGCUGUCGUUAAGUCGGCAAUUGCAUCCUACCUGGCGACAACCGUUACACGACCGCGCGACCAUAGACCAAAUAACAGAUCUCCCGAUUGAAGCUUUUUCCUGCUUUUUUACGUGCAUGGCAUAUAACUGGUACUGACGCACGCGAGUAGGCUCCACUCACAAAGGUAAAUAGAGACGGUGACCUGAGUUUGGGGUGUGGAGGUUUGGCCAAGAUGCGAUGGCGGCACGGAUGUUUGUUGUGCGAGGGGGAAGGGUACGGCAGUACUAUCCCUGCUAUGGAUUACACGUGAUUAUCUGUACGAACAUGAUGGCACUGUUGGACGCGAGCGAUGCAAAGGUUGCGUUAGAGCCCGCAUAUUAGAGCCCGCAUAUUAUUCGUAUUAUACGUACCGCGUAUUAUACGUACAAUUCGCUUACUAAUGGUGGCUUGGGUUGCAUACGAUAGGAUGCUUUUGAGGAGGUGAGCGGCGGGCGUCGCCACGCAAUACCGUUUGUACGCCAAUUGCCGUUGUGACUGCGGCUUGCUUUAUGGCCUUUGAUCUUUUCUAUCUUGGACCUCCUGACCCCACCGUUUGUCCUGAACAGUCACAGAUACCGUGUUUGAACGUUGACGUACAUGCGUACCAGCUA